AACCCUAAUGGGGGCAGGGAACGGCCCAGCUGUAAAUGAGCCUUUCUUUGGGUCUGGUUGGGUUGGUCCAGUCCCUGUUGUGGCUCCUUCAUUGGUCUGAUCCAACAUCAGUCCGUUGACUUCAGGUCUCCCUCAAGUUUGAAACUUUUUUUUACGAGCAGGAGGACUCGGGUUACAACAAACUCUUGUAACCGAUCUCACAGAGCGGCCGAGAGAAGAAAACACUCUUUCAAUAAUUUACACAUCUGUGCCUGAUCCACGGUUACAGAACAGAAACAGGCAGAUACGAGCCGAGGGCGGUUUGAUUUUGUCAAACGGAUACUUGAAAACAAACCAAAGUGCUGUAAGAGUGACUUCCUCUGCUGUCGCCAGAAUGAAGACUUGAUUUGGAUGAGAUUUACUUGUCAUCUUGUCGGCUGACCAGUCCUGAAUAUCCCUGAGUUGAUAGAAAGAGCGGCGAGGCAAGCUUGAGUUCCAUUGGCGGUUUAAGAGUCAACGUGGAUCCUUGAUCAGCACAGUAAGAGGCCAGAUUAAAUGUCCAGCACAGAGAGGGUGGAAACAAGAUUCAGCACGAGACGCUUGGACCAUGGACACAUUUAGCACCAAGAGUCUGGCCCUUCAGGCCCAAAAGAAGCUGAUGAGUAAGAUGGCCUCCAAGAGCAUGGCCAACCUCUUCAUCGACGACACCAGCAGUGAAGUCCUGGAUGAGCUGUAUCGAGUCACCAAAGAGUACACCCGCAACCGCAAAGAGUCCCAAAAGAUCAUCAAGAACCUGAUCAAGAUGGUGGUGAAGCUGGGGGUCCUCUACAGAAACAACCAGUUCAACACUGAAGAGCUGAUCCUAGUGGAGAACUUCAGGAAGAAAGUCCACACUCUGGCUAUGACAGCGGUCAGUUUCCACCAGAUUGAGUUCACUUUCGACCGACGCGUCAUGAGCGCCAUUCUGAAUGAGUGCCGCGACCUGCUGCACCAGGCCAUCAAGCGUCACCUGACAGCCAAGAGCCACUCGCGCGUUAACCACGUCUUCAAUCAUUUCGCUGAUUGCGACUUCCUGGUGGCUCUCUACGGGCCGUCUGAGGUUUACCGUGCCCACCUGCAGAGGAUCUGCAACGGAGUCAACCAGAUGCUUGAUGAGGGCAACCUUUGACCUACACCGCUCCUUUACCUCUGCUCACCCUUUAAUUACCAUCUUACAAAAUUCUUUUUUUUGGUUGUAAGGUGACAAUGAUGAACACUUUUCCAUUUGUUGGCUUGUGUUUGUGUGUGCCUUUCACACAUCAUGCUACAACACUGAGGCUUACAUCCACACUAAUGUGUUUAAAGGUGUAACUUUCACUCUUGUCUCCACACCACUACAAAAACAUUGUGCAACCCUAUUUUACUUUGUAAACUCUGGACACCUCAUAUCCAUCCCUGAUUUAUUCCCGCCAGUCACAUGACCUUUACCAGCUGUUAAUUCAACAUGGAAACUGAUUUCCAGGCCAUUCUGUCAGUGCUGCUUGAGUAGCAGGUGUGCAGUUAUAGUCUUAUGUUACUACUGACUACAGUCAUCAUAAGCAAGCUGUUAUUCAAGCAAUUUCUGACCAUUUCCACAUCCAGCAUGUGGUCAUGUCGUACAUGUUUCAGGACCAUACAGGGACUAUUUAUGUGUGGACAGAAAUCAUUUUUGUAGCAAAACACCACUUUUAUACAGAAAGCACAAUAGUGUGGAUGUAGCCUGCUGGCUAGUUAAUCCAAAGUCUAUUUCAUCCUCUUUUCCAGUGAGGAUGUUUGUGUCUUCACACUAAACUAAACCCAGCAGAUGAUCUUAAAUGAAUGUAUAACUUCAUGCUCUUAUCAGUAUAUUCAAGGGUAGGAGCCUUGACAACUGUGCCUUGAAA